AAAAAAAAAAGAAGUAAAAAUCAACAAUAUUAUAAACCAAAAGGACAAAAAAAUGAACAAACAGGUCGAAUAAAUAAAAUGAACAAAAUAAUAAAUGAACAAAAUAAAUUCUCAUACUUGAAAAGUCCAAACAAUGUCUUCUGUUCGAAUAAAAUAUAUGAUAAAAUAAUCAAUAAAUUAAAUCAAUCAAUAAAUAAGAUGACUCAAACCACAUGAGCCAGAUAACACAGUCAUAUAAUGGAUGGAGGAGUGCAGAUAAUGUGUAGAUGUUCUAAUUAACCUGGUUUUAAAUGGGCUUAUUAUUGGAUGGAGGAGUGCAGAUAAUGUGUAGAUGUUCUAAUUAACCUGGUUUUAAAUGGGCUUAUUAUUGGAUGGAGGAGUGCAGAUAAUGUGUAGAUGUUCUAAUUAACCUGGUUUUAAAUGGGCUUAUUAUUGGAUGGAGGAGUGCAGAUAAUGUGUAGAUGUUCUAAUUAACCUGGUUUUAAAUGGGCUUAUUAUUGGAUGGAGGAGUGCAGAUAAUGUGUAGAUGUUCUAAUUAACCUGGUUUUAAAUGGGCUUAUUAUUUUAAUAUCAAGUACAACUGUCAAUCUCCCGCCUCGGCCCCGCCUCCUCUGUGAAGACAACCAAACAGUGGCUUUAGCUCCGCCUUCUGUAUCCUCCACAGCAGGACAGACAGUGUCCUGCAUCCAAUCAGAGCCCGGGACGCGGAAGCAACAGUCAGUCCCAGCCAAUGGCAGGUGUCGGGAGGCGGAGCCUGGUGUGUUGUCUCCUCGGUGGAGGUGCGUUCUUCGGGCAGUUGUGAGUCAGCGGACACUUGGACUGGAACUGGAGCCAGAACUGGGAUUAAAAGCUUUCACAGACCUUUCCCACACAGCUGCUCGUCUGCUAUGGUCCCCUCCUGCUCCUGAAGUGUGGACAGGAUGCACCCCACCCGCAGCCCCGCCUCCAUCUCCGCCGGCGUCCCCGGAGACGCCCUGGACCUCAGCCUAUCGGGAUCUCAGCUGACCAUGUCCAAGAGGCCGAGCAGCGCGUCGCCCGGGAAGUGCUUCGCCCGCUCGGUGUCGGUGUCGGUGGCCGGAGAAAGCCGAGCCAAACGCAACACACUGAGCGACGCCGCGCUGGGCAGCAGCCGCUCCAUCAAGAACCUGAGGAGGUCCAACAGCACCACGCAGGUGAACCAGGCCGCCAAUGCCAGCAGCAGUCCGGACCAUGGUGACGACUACCUGGCUCUGUUCGACAGCAGCUCAGACGGACGCAGGAAACUGGCCAGUCUGAGUAAAGCCUCCCCGGACAGAACCACAUGGAACAUUCUGGACGACCAGCCCAGGGCGUUGGCCGUGGCGUCCAGCUCCAGGAGCGCCGGCAGCGUGGACUCACCCACCGGCCUCAAGAAGAGGGAGCUGGGAUUCUCCCUGGCAGCCACGUUUACCGCCAACAACAGGAGCAACAAAGGUGCCAUGGGGAACUCUGUGACCACCAUCUUACACAACAACUACUCUGAGAAACCACUGACGCCCAAGAGCUCCAACCAGAAACCCUCCUUCAAUAACAUCCUCAAGGCCAACGACGAGGUGUCGCUGGAGAACGGCUCACUCACCAAGUCCCAGAAGAACUUCUCGUCGUCGUCGUCCACGUCCAACAACAACACCCCGCUGUCGGCCCAGCGGGACAGUCCGGUCCCGGUCCCGUUUCCGGUCCGGAGGAGGGAGGUCAGCGAGGAGGAGGCUGAGAGGUUCAUCGAGCAGGUGAACCAGGCGGCCGUCACCAUCCAGCGCUGGUACCGACGUUACGCCAAGAGACGACGCACCAACCAGGCGGCGCUCAAACGCAUCCUCAGCACCAAGAGAAAGGAGUGGGAGGACAGAGCAGAAGAAGAAGAUGUCCAUCUGGAACAACAGCAGAAGAAGAAGGACGAGGACAGGAAGAGGAUUCGGGAGGAGAAGGCUCGUCUGGCUCGACUCGCCGCCAUCCAGGAGCUGCAGCAGAAGCGAAGCCAGCGCUCCGCAGAGACGCACCGUGAACCGGAGACGGAAGCAGAAACGCUCAGACACAGCGGACGCAAGAGGGCGCCCAAGACCUGUCCCACCAACAAGAGUCCAGCACCAGCCAGGAACAACAGCCCCCUGUCCCCCAGCCCCAGCAAAGCCAAGAACACAGACUCCAACCUGAACGUGGUCUCAGACUUCAGUGAAGUGUCCUUCAGAGCCGUUUCUCCUGCUUCGUCCCACCACAGAGGGUCUGAGUGCUCCCAGGAGAUCCUGCAGAGGUCGGUGAGCGUGGAGGACCAGCGCCAGGGGGCUCUGUCCAGCAGGGCUCAGUCCAAAACCACCCUGAACGAGCUGCUGGACACGCUGAAGCUGCUGGAGGAGGAGCCAGAGCGACUGUCGGAGCCAAAGUCCUACCGCAAAGACAAGUACGCCUGGAUCGACCAGGACGGAGACGCCACCUCGCUGACCGCCGACAACCUGGAACGCCACGGGCAGAUGAGCCUGCACCCCGCCCUGCCAGACGGGGGCGCUCUGCUGUCCGAGGCCAAGCUGCAGAGCAUCAUGAGCUUCCUGGACGAGAUGGAGAAAUCUGAACAGGAGAGGCCGCGCUCCGUCACCUCGGGGUCGCACAGAGAGGCGGUUUUAUCGGAGGAGGAGCUGGUGGGCGCGGAGCAGGCGUCGGCCACGGCGGCCGAACUCAGCGGCUCCAUGAUGAGGACCAAACUGGAGCUGGAGGAGAAGAAACGCACCGUCCACAUGCUGCAGACGGCGCUGGCCCAGCAGAGGGAGCUGACCACCAGACAUGUGAAGGACACCGAGAAGGAGCUGAGCAGGAGCUUCCAGCUGCAGAAGGAGCAGUACGAGGCCACCAUCCAGAGACACCUGGCCUUCAUAGACCAGCUGAUCAGCGAUAAAAAGGCUCUGAGUGAGCGCUGUGAAGGUGUGGUGUCUGAGCUGAAGCAGGUGGACCACAAGUACAUGCAGAAGAUCUCACAGAUGCAGGAGCAGCAUGACAUGGUUUGGCAAAUUCUGGGUCCGUUGUGUGAGGAGAUCAAGAAGCUGAAGGAGCUGAUGAGCGCCACCGAGAAGGUCCGCCGCGAGAAGUGGAUCGACGAGAAAACCAAGAAGAUCAAGGAGAUCACAGUGAAAGGUCUGGAGCCGGAGAUCCAGAAGCUGAUCUCCAAACACAAACAGGAGCUGAAGAGGCUGCGGACGCUGCACGAGGCCGAGCUGCUGCAGGCCGACGAGCGGGCGGCGCAGAGGUUCGUCCGGCAGAGCGAGGAGCUCCGGCAGCAGCUGGAGAAGGACAAGGACGAGCAGUGUCAGAGGGAGCGAGACGCCGCCAGACAGAGGUAUGAGAAGCAGCUUCAGGAGGAGGAGUUAUCUCUGCAGCAGCAGAGGAGGAGACUCUACAAAGAAGUGGCCGACGAGAAAGACCGGCUGGCCCAGAUGGCUGAGAGGCAGCGGGCCGAGCUGGAGGACGUACGACGGCAGCUGGAGGAGAACAGCUGUUUGGCCGAACGAGCCCUGAGACGAGAACUGGACCAGAACCGAGACGAGCAGGAGGAGAGACACCAGGCGGAGAUGAAGGCGCUGCAGGAGCGACUGGAUGCAGAAAAACAGGCCUGGGAGGAGAACUACAAGCACAAAGAGGAGGAGCUGCUCAAAACCCAGGCCGUCGCUCUCAAACACGAGAUGCGACGGAAGAAAGACCGCGAGCUCAACCUGGCGAUCCUGGCGAUGGAGGCGGAGGUGACCAAGGACAAGGAGGAGUGCGAGAGGGGCGCUGACGGUUGGCGUUCCCGCGUCAGGGUGAAGCGCGUCCGCGACAAGUACGAGGCGGAGCUGAAGGAGCUGGAGCGCUCGGAGAAGGCGGCGGUGGAGAAGCAGCAGGAGCUGAGGAAGCGUCAGCUGGAGACGGAGGGAGAGCUGAUCCGCCUGCAGAGUCUACUGAGGCAGAAGGAGCAGGAGGUGGAGGACGUCACCAAGGCCAGAGACAAGAUGGCCGCCGAGCGCCGCAGCCUGGCCGAGGUCAUCCGGCAGGACUUCGCCGACCGGCUGGUGCUGACAGAGGAGGAGAACCGGCGGAUGAAGGCGGAGGUGUCGGAGGUCAGAGCCCGCCUCCGGCUGGAGGUGGAGAGGGUGACGAGGGAGAAGGAGGAGGAGCUGGCGGAGGUGCACCAACGGGUGAAAGCGGCCAUUUUAAAGAAAGAUGAAACUGUCAAUAACCUCCGGAAGCAGCACGAGGCUGCCGUGAAGAGGGCGGAACAUCUGGAGGCCCUAUGGGAGCAGCAGAGGAAGCAGCUCCUGGAGAAGUGAACCGGACCGGACCGGGUCAGCCCGUCCUGGACCCACCUGAUCUGCCCUGAUCCCAGAGCCCCCCCCCCCCCCCCCCCCCCCCAGUCCAGACCUGUGGAUCUGCAGACGUCGUCCUCUACCUCAUGUUAAAGUCUAACGUGGACCAGGACCAGGACCAGGUGGACCUGCUCCUCUUCUUCAUGUGUAGUUCCUCUGUGACUCCCCCUCCCCCUCUCCACGUGGGGGUGGGGGGGCGGCAGGAAUGCAUCGCUGUUCCUGGGAGACCAGUUCCAGAUGUUUCUGAGACCAGCCCAGACCUGCUCCGCUCCAGGGUGAAAACAGGACUGUGAAGGACUAGAUCUGACUCUGAACCGCCCCCCAUACCCCCGCCUCCCCCCCACCCCCGAAGUCCCCCUGUCCUCUGUCGAGUCAUGUGUUCAGUCCUGAGGCGGAGCUAAUUACAGGAUCUGUGGCCUCCAAGGCCGAGGAGCGAACAAAGAGUUUAGAGAGG